CCCCCCGGUGACUGAGAGGGAGGAGUCAGAGCUGCGAUCCCGGAGGACGCGCCAUCAUCAUCAUCGUCAUGAGCCAGACUCCAGAGGCCAGGGCUAGGUGAGGAGUGUCGCCGGUGGGUAGGGGGCGCCGGGUGCAGCAGGGUCUUACUAGGAAGGGGGAAGAAGGAAUGGUCCCGGUCCUCUCCCCGUAAUACCGUUCACGUCUCCAGACCAUCGGCAACAAUGUUCCUCCAGCCAAGAGACAAUCAGACCAGACAGAUUCAAGAAACAGUCAGUAAUGUGGAGAAGCACUUUGGAGAGCUGUGCCAAAUCUAUGCCGGGUAUGUCAGAAAAACUGCCCGGCUGCGGGACAAAGCUGAUCUCCUGGUGAGAGAAGUCAAUGCUUAUGCCGACACCGAAACGCCAAAUCUCAAGCAUGGACUAAAGGGUUUUUCUGAUGAACUUGCCAAACUUCAGGACUAUCGACAGGCAGAGGUGGAAAGACUUGAGUCCAAAGUAGUUGAACCUCUGAAAAGCUACGGAGCUAUCAUCAAGCUUAAGAGGGAGGAUCUUAAAGUGACCUUAAGUGCAAGGAACAGGGAAUCGAAGCAGAUGGCACAGCUAGAGAAAACUCGUCAGAGAAACCCAUCAGAUCGGCAAAUCAUUUCACAGGCUGAAACAGAACUGCAGAGAGCCACGAUGGAUGCAGCCAGAAUAAGUCGCCAGUUGGAGGAAACCAUUGAUAAUUUUGAAAAACAGAAAAUUAAAGAUAUCAAAAAAAUUUUUAGUGACUUUGUAACCGUUGAGAUGUUGUUCCAUGGGAAGGCUCUAGAAGUAUUGACUGCUGCUUUUCAGCAUAUCGAAGACAUUGAUGAAGAAGAAGAUCUAGAGGUCUUCAGAAGUUCCCUUCAUCCUCCAGAUUUCCAAUCUCGCUUAGACAUAGUGCGUGCCAAUUCAAAGACCUCGACAUCAAAGAGGAUGUCCACGUCUUUAUCGCAAACUUCUGGGAGUCGGCACAAAAAGAAGGCGGAGGAGGAGGAGGAGGAAGAAGAAAACGACCUUGAUGAUGAGGACGAUGAAUCGACUGAGGGCUACAACUAACUUUUUACUUCAGUCAGUGAUAUUUUUGGAGAACUCAAGCCAUUCCAGAGUAUGGAAACAUCUAUACAUAUCAAGAUGUACAGUCUUAUGGUUUUUGGAUAUAUACGGUCAGCAAGCACUGAUAUUCUCUCAAUGUAUUACUGAUGGAAUUUGGAUUGCUUUCUCAGAAGAUUUGGUUAAUACUGCCUUAAAUUUAAAUGGUCGGGUCUUUUUUUUGGCGCCGUUUGGGUUCCAGAAGCGGAGAGCUUUACCUGGCCCCCAUGGUUCAUCAAAAGAGCAUUAGAUGGGAAAGAUAUUUUCUUUGUCGUUCUGUGAUGUCAAGUACAAUUCUUGAAAGUGUAUGCAACUUUUUAAUAUAUUUUGUGUUUCCGCCUCACACAGUUUUCAAGAUCUCUGCUUGCCAGCGUAUGAAAACCUAACGAGAUUUAUAUCUCCCUGGCGUAGAAAAAAGUCAGAAACGCUGUGUUUGCAACUUUUUAAAGAAAUUUUGUCGCAAGUGCUGUUUCUGCACCUUCGUUGCCACUUUCCCUAAAAAAGGGUGGGGAGACAAUGGGUCCGCCACAUUUAUCUUCAUUUCCGCGUGUUUUAAGCCGCAAAGGAAGACAGAAAUUCAUGCUGGUGUUGAUUUCAUUCUGGCACGCAGCCCUUCAGAUGACGCACGUAAUAUAUGACCAGACCGGCACCUCGUCAUCAAUUAGGUGCAUCAUCCGGCAGCGCAGUAGAAUUCAAAGACCGGCGUGACUCUGA